GUAUCAUCGUCGAUUGCGGCUCAAGUGGUUCGCUCACACAGUGACAGUGCGGUGGGUCGAGUGGGACCAGCAGCAAGUGUCGUGGCUGUCUCGCUACACCAGAUUAGAUUAUUAGAUGCCAAUUGCUGGGCAAUUAUCCCUGUAAAGUUGUUGAAGUUGAAAGUUCAGUAGAAAUGAAGGUUCACAACGUGUCAUGACCGAGGGGAGAAGGGUCAUCGAACUGGUCGGAUAAUUUAGCUCACAUUUGCUACGGUCUGUGUCCGCGUGCUUAUCCACCUAUUCAUGUAAUGAUUUUUCAACAUGUUAACACCAAUGCCAGUGCAUCUUUUUGUAACUUGUUGCUUCAAUACAGUUACUUAAGUAAUGUGUGAAGUUAAAAAUUCAAGUGAAUAAUCUUAUAUACGAAAAGUAAACUUACUGUUACUAACGUGAUACAACUGUGGCGUUAAAUUCACAUUUAACGCAGUGCACGAUCUUCACGGCCAAAAAUCAACGCAACCAGGAGUCAGCAUUUAAAGUACGCGCGCGUCAAUCAUCAUCCAGUGGCAGCAACGUGUUUACGCACUCUAUCGGCGGUGUAUAUUGUGCGCUAGUGUAUGUGAUCGGUGGAAGAGCAUAAAUCAGAAUUCCAGUUCUCCUAGCAACGAUGGACAAGCCCAAAUCAGCCUUGAACAUUGCGGAAGAAACACGCCUCUUUGGUGAAGUGCCGCAGGUGACACUUGCUCUUUCCGGUACAGAAACCUCUAAGCCCCCCAGCGUCAAGGAAAAUGUAUUAAAGCCGUCAUCCGAUUCUAUCGAGAAUCACGAUGGACAGCACGAUACCAAAAGCUCCGGCAUUAGUAGCACCACUAGCAGUAUGAAGGACGAUCCUUCCCGGGAUGGACAGCAUCUGGAUGAAUCUAACCUAGGCCAGCAACCGGACUCGAUGACCACCGUUGUGAUUGAUAUCGAAGCUACUAGCGGAGGAUCCAUCGUACCAGAUUAUAUCAACAUGAGUUUUUCGGACAUCGUUCAACAACUGCGAACUACAUUCAACAGUGGCAAAACGCGAGAUGUAGAUUUCAGGUUGAAUCAGCUGAAGGCCCUGCUACGAUGCUACGAAGAGAACACAGCCGAGAUGGCGAACGUGCUAGCCGCGGAUCUCCGGAAGCACAAGCAGGAAGCCCAUCUGCUCGAGAUUGAGUUCAUCCUGAACGAUCUGCGGAACACGCUGUACAAUUUGCGCGAAUGGGUGAAGCCGGAAAAGCCGGAGAAGAGCCUGGUUAACGUGAUGGAUGGCGUCUACAUCUACAAGGACCCGUACGGUGUGGUGCUGGUGAUCGGCGCGUGGAACUAUCCGCUGCAGCUUACGCUGGUGCCAGUGGCAGCCGCCAUUGCCGCAGGAAACUGUGUCGUAAUUAAACCGAGCGAGGUAGCUCCGGCCUCGGCCAAAUUCAUCGCCGAAACACUGCCAAAGUACUUGUCUCAGGACUGCUACCGGGUGGUAACUGGUGGACCGAAGGAAACGAGCGAGCUGCUGAAGGAAAAGUUCGACUACGUGUUCUAUACCGGUUCCGGACGCGUCGGCAAAAUCAUCCACCAGGCGUGCAGUGAAAACCUGACGCCCUGCACACUGGAGCUCGGCGGCAAAAGCCCUUGCUACUUGGACGGUACGGCCAAUAUCGCUAUCGCCGCGCGGCGCAUCUUGUGGGGCAAGUUUAUAAACGCCGGCCAAACAUGUAUCGCUCCCGACUACAUACUGUGCAGCAAGCAGGUGCAGAAGCAGUUCCUUGAGGAGGCCCGUAAAGUGCUGAACGAGUGGUAUGGCGCGAAUCCGAAGGACAGUCCCGAUCUGUGCCGCAUUAUCAACCAGAAUCAUUUCCAGCGACUUACGUCUCUGCUCAAGGGUGCCAACGUGGCCAUCGGAGGUGAAACGGAUCUGCAGGACCGUUACAUCUCGCCAACAAUUCUGAUCGACGUAAAGUCAACUGAUCCCGUAAUGCAGGAUGAAAUUUUUGGCCCCAUUCUGCCGAUUCUGAAUGUGGACAAUGCGUAUGAUGCCAUCAAGUUCAUCAACUCCAGUGCCAAGCCUCUAUGCUUGUACAUCUUCUCCAAAAACGUAACGGAUCAGCGUCUGAUGAUCGAAAACACCUCCAGCGGAGGAGUUUGCGUAAACGAUACUCUCAUGCACUGUGCAGUUGAAGCACUACCCUUCGGUGGUGUUGGCCCUAGCGGUAUGGGUUCUUACCAUGGCAAGUACUCCUUCGACACGUUCGUCCACAAGAAGUCCUGCUUGACGAAAGAUUUCAACCCGAUUGGCGAAAAACUGGCUGCCUCCCGGUAUCCACCAUACUCCGAAAGUAAGCUGUCCUUCCUGAGUACCUUGCUGAAGAAGCGUCAGGGCAUCAACUUGCACUUUUUGCCAUAUCUGCUGAUGUUCGGUAUUGGCGUGGCUUCUACGCUUGUAGUAAGCACCAUCCUGAAGGAUGACGAUUAACGCUUUCAGAAAGCAAAACACAAUGACACCAAUAACUAUCACUAUUGGCAGAACGAAACAAAACAACGGAAAACGGAAAAAUUAUGCUCCGACAAGCUUUCCUGCAACGCAUACCGGAGAACGUGACGAGUCAUUUGUUUCUUUUUUUUAUUAGAAGUUAGGUCAAUUUGCAAAUCUUUUGCUUGCAACAACACAAUUGUGAUGGGAUUAUUCCAACACCACCCACUUCUUCCGGUGCGGGGAGAAUAGAAAGGUGAAAAGGGACAAGGAGCUAAAAAUGAUGCCGAUGUGUUUAAUUUUCCAUGCACGGUGAUACACGUCUUUUACACUUUGGCGAAGCAGCGUUAUCAACAUGGUUUAUGUUUUAAAUGUAAAAAAAUGAAACUAGAAAAUGUACGUUUAUCGUGGAUAAGAACAGCACAAGAAAAAAUGUUGGGUGCAUGCAAUAAAUGUUGAUAAAUGGGUAAUUCAUAA